AGCAGGGGGCAGCACUACUUUGUAUUGCCUCUGUGAUGCUGAGAGAGAUCUAAAUACUAUUCAGGAAGUGGAACUUGGUGCACACGUGAGUAACAGAGGUUAUGCACACGCUUUCAGAAGAUAAGGAACAGGAUGAUCCCUGUGGGAAUAACACGUUACCAUCAACAAAUUCUUCAGAAGAUACAGUUAGAUUGGAGGCAUUAUCUGGCUGUGGUCAGAUAUUUUACUACAAAAGAUUCUUCACCAUCGUUACUAUUAUCAGAUGAUUAUAUGGGUCUUAAGAAGGAGAAAUCAAAUCAGGUCAAUGCUAAAGAACAUGUAGAUACUGAAUAUCCUUAUCAGGAACCACCGAAGUCCACAAAAUCACCAAGAGACAGGAAAAGUUUUUUCUCAAAGAAAAGUGCACAGUUUGUGAAUGAUGGUUCCAACCCAUCCCAGGAAAGUGUAAGGUCAGAAUUCAGGAAACUGAGAGAUGAUGACUUCUCCAAAUACAAUAGAAAGUCAGUAAGUGGAAGAAAAGUUUUUGAAAGAAGCAAAGGUUCAGAAAUUCUUUUCGGAGUUGCUCCUUGUUACCUUGCACUGACAAAGUGUAGGCGAAAUAUACUGCAACUGUUUCUGAAGUCAACUCGCAGUCAACAGAGGUCAGAAAUUCAGGAAAUUUGUCAGAAAGCUGAGGCUGCAGGAUUACAUGUUAAUUUUGUUUCCCGGAAGUCACUUGACGGCCUCUGUGAGGGUCGUGUGCAUCAGGGUGUGUGCUUAGAGGUAACACCUCUAAAAUAUUCUGACUACAUAGAAAAUGAAUGUAUUUCCCAGGACAAACAUGUUUUGUAUCUUGCUUUGCAUGGAGUAUAUGAUCCUAUGAAUCUCGGGGCAGUUCUUAGAUCUGCUUAUUUUUUGGGAGUCAACAAAGUAGUUGUAAGUAAAAAGAACAGCUGUUCCCUCACUCCAGUCGUCAGCAAAGCCAGCGCUGGUGUCAUGGAAGUCUUUGAAGUGUUUGGGAUUGAAGACCUGGCAGCUUUUCUUCAGGAAAAAUUAGAAAAAGGCUGGAAAGUUCUUGGGACUGUGAAACCGUCAGAGGAUUGUGAAGUUCCAGUCUACAGUGUUUCUCAAUAUCAGAUUAAUUCUUCUUCUGUUCUUCUUUUAGGUAACGAAGGCUAUGGCUUGCCAACAGAAUUAAAGCAUUUGUGCAGCAGCAUGCUUACUAUACCGUCUGCUAACGUGUUGCAACCUGGUAUUGAUUCAUUGAAUAUAUCUGUUGCUGCAGGAAUUCUUUUGCACUCCUUAUGCAGCCAAAGAACUUGAACAUAGUCCGGUGGUGUAAGAAGGAUCUACAGAAUGUUCCUGUAAACCAACAGCCAGAUAAUCUUGUUGCUAAAUGAAAUAUUAAAAUUGAAAGAAAAUGUU